AUGCAAGUGGCGGAGGACGACAAGGCGCGGCGCGGCGGGCUGCCGCUGCGCUGGGCGCUGUGCGCGGCUUUGGGGACGGCGCUAGUGGCGUUGCUGGGCGCGCACGCCGAGCGCCGGCUGCCGCCGCCGCGCCGCGGCCCGCCGCACGAGUUCGACGCCUUCCGCGCCCACCGCCACCUCGCCAACCUCACCGCCAUCGGGCCCAGGGUGGCGGGCAGCUACGAGAACGAGGUGGUGGCGGUCAAGUGGGUCGUGGAGACGCUGCGCCAGCUGGCCGCCGAGGCCUCCCCGCACAACCGUCUCGAGAUCGACGUGCACACUUCCAGCGGCGCCUUUCCGCUCACCUUCAUGGACGGCAUGAACAACGUGUACCGCGACGUGCAGAGCGUGGUGGCGCGCGCCAGCGGCGUGGGCGGGCGGCGGGCGCGCACCGCGCUGCUGCUCAACUGCCACUUCGACACGGUGCCCGACAGCCCCGGCGCCAGCGACGACGCGGCGGGGUGCGCGGUGCUGCUGGAGACGCUGCGCGCGCUGCUGGCGGCGGCGCGGCCGCUGCGCCACGACGUGGUGUGCCUGCUCAACGGCGCCGAGGAGAACAUCCUGCAGGCGUCGCACGGCUUCGUGGCGGGCCACCGCUGGGCGCGGCACGUGCGCGCCUUCGUCAACCUGGAGGCGUGCGGCGCCGGCGGGCGCGAGGUGCUGUUCCAGGCGGGCCCGCACGACCCCUGGCUGCUCGAGGUGUACGCCGCCGCGGCGCCGCACCCCUUCGCCUCCUCGCUGGCGCAGGAGCUCUUCCAGAGCGGCCUCAUCCCGGCCGACACCGACUUCCGCAUCUUCCGCGACUUCGGCGGCCUCUCGGGCGUCGACUUGGCGUGGAACAGUAACGGCUACGUGUACCACACGCACCUGGACACCGCCGACCGGGUGCCGCUGGGCGCGCUGCAGCGCACCGGCGACAACGUGCUUGCGCUGGUGCGAGGUACGUACGCGCCCCGCGGCGGAGCGGUCCGACCCGCGCCGGCCCCGCCCACCGCGCCGCUCCCCGCGCAGGGCUGCUGGCGAGCCCGCAGCUGGAGGCGGCCCCGGAGCGCUCGGCCGGCGCGCCCGUCUACUUCGACGUGCUGGGGCUGGCGGCGGUGGCGCUGCGGCCCGGCGCCGCGCUGCUGGCGGCCGGCGCGGCGCUGGCGCUCACCGCGCUGCGGCUGCACCUCGGCGCCGCGGAGGCGCGCGCGCGGCUGCACCUGCGGCGCGGCCAGUGGGCGCUCGUGGUGGGCGCCGCGGCGGGCGCGCAGGCGGGGGGCUGGCGGCGGGGCUGGGCGCGGCCGCGGCGCUGGGCGCGCUCGUGCACUGCGCCGGCGCGCGGCUGGCCUUCUUCUCGCGGCCCUGGCUGCUGGCGCCGCUGUACGGCGCGGCCGCGCUGGGCGGCGGCUGGGCGGGCGCGGGCGGCGCGUGGGCGCGGCGCGGCGGGCGCGCGGCGGCGGUGCGCGGCUGGUGGGCGGCGCGCGCGCACGCCGACGCGUGGGCGGGGGCGGCUGCGCGCUGGCGCUGGCGGCGUGCGCGUGGCGCGGGCUGCGCUCGGGCUUCGUGCCGCUGGGCUGGGGCGCGCUGGCGGCGCUGGCCGACGUGGCCGCCUCGCUGGGCCGCGCCUCGCCGCCGCGCCGCGCGCUGCUGUGGGCGCUGGGCGCCGCGCUGCCCGCCGCGCACACCGCCUACCUGGCGCUGGCCUCGCUCGCCAUGCUGGUGCCCAUCAUGGGCCGCAUCGGCACGCCGCCCGUGCCCGCCGACGUGAUAAUGGCGUCGUUGGUGGCGCUGCUGACGCUGGCGACGUUCGGCUGGAUGACGCCGCUGGUGGCGGCGGCGCAGCGGCCGGGCCGGCUGGCGGGCCCGCCAGCCGUGCUGGCGCUGGCCACGGCCGCGCUGCUGCUGGCCGGCGCCGCAGGCCCGCCCUACGCCCGCGACACGCCGCAGCGCGUGCUGCUGUUCCACACGCGCCGCACCGACCACACGGCCAACGGCAGCCGGCCCGACCACUUCUUCUGGAUCCCCGAGAUCGACGGCAACACGCCGCGCUCGCUGGAGGGCGCGACGCCCACCCCGCCAGAGGAGUGCGCGCGCUGGCUCUACUGCGGCGCGCCCUACUACCUGCCCGUGCGCAGCCUGGUGGCGCGCGGGCACCGGCUGGCCGCCGCCGCGGCGCCGCUGCCGCGCCUGCACGCCCGCCUGGCGCUGCGCCGCCUCGACGCCACCACGCAGGCGCUGUCGCUGCGGCUGCGCGGCCCGCGGCACCUGGUGCUGGUGCUGGCGCCGGCCGAGGGCGCCGUCGUCUCGUGGAGCUCGCUGCUCGAGAGGCCGCUGGCGGGCCCGCGCUGGCGCGGCCGCCUCACCUACUUCUUCGCGCUGCACCGUGCGCGCUCCGACCCCGACUGGGAGCUGGAGCUGCACAUCCGGCACAACCUGACGCGCGAGCCCGCCUCGUGGGUGGAGCUGUCGCUGGCCGGGCACAGCCUGGCCGGCGCCAGGGCGCUGCACCCCGAGCACCGGCGGCUGCUGCGCGCGCUGCCGCCCUGGACCGCGCCCACCGGCUGGGGCGUCGACCUGCACCUCUACCGCCUC